GAUUGGGCUCAAUUCUUCAAAUUAACUAAAAUGCCAAAGAAAUUUGAUCAUAAUCAUCUCCUCAUCCUUCUCUAUCUUCUCUCACGCUCAUUAGGUUCAGCAGCAGCAGAACCAAUUGGAAUCUGUUACGGCCGAGUAGCCAACAAUCUCCCGCCACCCUCCACCGUCCUCGAAAUCCUCCAAGACAACGGAAUCUCAUCCGUCCGCCUUUUCAACACCGACCCCGCCACCCUCAGCUCCUUCUCCGCCACCCCAACAAUCCACCUCACCAUCGGCGUCCCCAAUGAACUCCUCCCUGCCCUCGCCUCCUCCUCCGUCGCCACCACCCUUGACUGGCUCCAAUCAAACAUCCUCGCUCACAUCCCCGCAAACCAAAUCCGAUACAUCGCCGUUGGCAACGAGAUUUUCCUUAAAGACCCUUACUACACUCCCCACGUCCUUCCCGCCAUUCUCAAUCUUCAUCAAGCCCUCCAAACCCUAGGGCUUGACAAUUCCAUCAAGCUCUCUUCCCCACAAGCCGCCUCCGUCUUGUCCGCCUCAUACCCUCCCUCCUCAGCCUCAUUCGACCCCUCCGUCCAACCCUCGCUCCUCCCCCUCCUCCGCUUCCUCCGCGACACGAACUCUCCCUUCAUGGUCAACUCCUACCCCUACUUUAGCUACCUACGCAACAAGAACUACGUCUCUCUUGAAUACGCGUUGUUUCGAGCCACCAGUGAGGUCGUUAACGAUGGUGAGUUGGUGUAUAGUAAUCUUUUCGACGCGAGUGUGGAUGCUUUUGUGAGCGCGAUGGAGAGGGAGGGAGUUGUUGGAGUUCCCGUGGUGGUUUCGGAGACGGGGUGGCCGACCGGCGGAGGGGAGGCCGCUAGUGUGGAGAAUUCGAGGGCAUACAAUGCGGAGGUGGUGAGACGGGCGGUGGAAGGGGUUGGGACGCCGAGGAGGCCGGGGGUUGGAGUGGAGGUUUUCUUGUUUGAUUUGUUUGAUGAGAAUGAGAAGCAUGGGGAAGAGUUUGAGAGACAUUUCGGGAUUUUUGGGCCUGAUGGGCUCAAGGCUUAUGACCUUAAUUUCAACUAAAUUAUGCAAUGUAAUGCACUUACAGUACCACAAUAAAAUUACAUCGCUGUAA